AGGCGCUUCAGUGCGAACGUGUGGUCGUGUGGCUCUUCCUGCUCAGUUGAAGUGCGGCAUUUUCGGAACGGAACCAAUCGAAACGUUGAGUUGCCGGAGCGUGGAUCCCUUGGAUAUUUGCGGUCGUUGUGCAAGUGCGCGGCAGUCACGUACAGCCGUUGCAACAAAUCCAUCCAUAGCCGUAUAAUGAACACAAAUAUCCAAAUUAUUGUAACAAAGUAGUGUACUUUCGAUAUGCGCUGGCUGAUUGAUUAACACAUCACCUCCCACACACACAAAAACACAAACUUCGAGACUUACCUGUGGGUGCCAUCGCAAUCCACUGAAAAUUGCGCGGUUGUGCAUCAUCAGCGGAGAACGUUAAAAGUGCCGCGACUGCAUUGUUUUGACUUUGAUCGUGUAUCGUGGUCUCAGUACCUUUUUUUUACAUUUUUACCGAAAGCCCCGACCCCUCAGAACCCCUCAGAGAAAAAUAAAAAAAAAACCCCCAACAAAAUAACUAAGGCAACAACCAGCGAUCGUUGCAAGGCGCGUGCGUGUUGUAACUUUUGAUUAGCCACAGAGUCGGAUUCGGAUUUGGAUGGGGAUUGGGAUCUUCUAGUGCGCUUGCUUGCGUUUUUCGUAACUUAUCGCCGCCUACAUCGCCUCUUGCAUUCGCCGGCGCUGCUUCUUUUUUCUUACCAUAAUCAUCUUCAGGGCCCAACUCUGCAGCCGGCUGAAAUGUUUGGCCAAUUUGUUGCCGUUCGGGCCGUAUAACAAAAUCAAUUAUAUAAUUUUUAUAAUUUCCACACACUUGCCGAUCAAAACGCAGAAAUCCCCGUAAAAAUCAAUUACACAAAAGAAGUGAAAGAGAGAAGAGCUUUUGAAUAGCGACGGUUCGCGGUGCUAAUACCGAAAGGAAACUCCCCGACAAUCGCCAAAAAAUUGAAAAGAAAUAAAUUAUUCGAAUACAAAAUGUCCAUAAAUAAUACAAGACUGGGGACCCUGCUGGUGCUCCUCGCCGGGUGCUGCUACCUCGGUUAUUUCGUAGCGGAGGCGCAUGUGGCCCUCACCUAUCCACCUGCCCGCAAAUACGACCUGGACUUUUUGGACAAUUCCCGCACCAAGGCGCCAUGUGGCAUGCCAAAGGGCUCGAUACGCACCUCCCUGCUCUCCGGAUCGCAGCUCAACGUCACCUGGCACUUGGCCUAUCCGCACAAGGGCGGCUUUCGGUUGCAACUAUUGGAUGCCCUUGAUCGACCUGUUUUGGACCUGACGCCCCAUGUGAAUAACUCGGAGUUUGUGCGCACAGAUGUCACGGCCCAGGCCUAUCAGGUGACCAUACCCAAGGACUUUGAGUGCUUCAACUGCACCCUGCGGCUGCUGCGCCAGGCUGAUGAAUGGUCCAAUAGCUACCGCUUCUGGUCCUGCGCGGACGUGGACAUUAGGCAGCGCAAGGACUUCAAGGAAACCUGCUCCGGAAAUGGGAAGUACUUCCCGUCGCGCUGCAAGUGCGACAAAAACUUCUACGGCCCGCAGUGCCAGUACAAGGACGAGUGCUCCGCGGAUGCUGACUGCGGUGUCCAGGGCAAGUGCAUUGACUUGGGAGGCACCUCGCUGCCCCAGCGACAGUGCUACUGUAACUUUGGCUGGUUUGGAAUCGGAUGUAACAAGAGAUCGCCCUACAAGAGCACCGACCUGGACCUCUCUUCAUACGCAAAAAAGGAGCUGUCCCCCGACUACCACGUGUACUGGCGCCUUCUGGAGGAGCAGAAGGAGAUCGAAGUGGUGCUCAAGGUUAACAGCACCUCGUGGGUGGGACUGGGCUGGAGGCCACGCCACCUGACCCCGGAGUGCAAGAACUUCCCGUUGGUUCGGGACAUUGGAGAUCUGACCACAACCUUAGAGAGUCCUGCGCCGGAACCUAAGAGCGAACCAGAGCCUAAGAGCGAGCCAGGAAGCGAGGCAGAGCCAAAGAGCGAACCGAAGAGCGAGCCUAAGAGCGAGCCGAAGAGUGAGCCAAAGAGCGAACCAGAACCUAAGAGUGAACCGGGCAGUGAAGCCGAGCCAAAGAGCGAGCCUAAGAGCGAACCGAAGAGCGAGCCUAAAAGCGAACCGGAGCCUAAGAGUGAGCCUUCGAGCGAGCCCGAGCCUAAGAGCGAACCUAAGAGCGAACCAGAGCCUAAGAGCGAGCCAGCAAGUGAAGCUGAGCCUAAGAGUGAGCCCCAAAACAAAGCGGAGCUUAGAAUCGAGCCUAAAAGCGAACCACAGAGCCACGCUGAGCCUAAGAGCGAACCAAAGAGUGAGCCUGAGCCUAAGAACGAGCCAGAAAGCCAUGCAGAGCCCACGAGCGAGCCUAAGAGCGAACCUAAGAGCGAGCCAGAGCCCAAGAGUGAGCCUAAGAGUGAACCGUCUAGCGAACCAAAACCUAAGAGUGAGCCCGAGAGCCAAGCAGAGCCCAAGAGCGAGCCUAAGAGUGAACCUAAGAGCGAACCUGAACCUAAGAGCGAGCCGGAAAGCGCGGCCGAACCCAAGAGCGAACCUAAGAGCGAGCCACAGAGCGAAUCAGAGCCUAAGAGUGAACCUAAGAGCGAGCCAGAGCCCACAAGUGAACCAAAAAGCGAACCGGAACCCACAAGUGAACCUCAAAGCGAACCCGAGCCCACAAGUGAACCCAAAAGCGAACCUGAGCCGACGAGUGAGCCAGGAGCCGAUGCCAAGAAUGGCGCCAAGUCCAAGAGGGUGGCCAAGGAGCACUCCCCACUGGAAGGAGUUACCUCUGUGUCCACAAGUGUCUCCUAUCGCGUCAGUACCAAGUCUGAUCGUCAACGUCGCGAAGCUUCAGAUUCCCCCAAGUAUCGACUGAAUCCAUACACACCCCGUCACGACUUCAACCCCAUGGACUGCACGGAUAUAGUGAUCGGAUCCGCCCGCGGCAUGGCCAGUCGAGUGGGAGACUAUUACACCCGAGAUCGUUCGACGCCACGCAGCGACGAGUUCUACGGAGGAAAGUCAAACCUGGCCUUGGGAACGGGCUUCGAGGAGAACGGCGUUACCACAAUCAUCUUCCGCAAGAAACUGGUCUCCAACGAACCCACCGACCACACCCUGGACGAUGCUCUGACUCACGUGAUCUGGGCCAAGGGCCAGGAACCAAACAGCUAUGUGCAUGUGCCGGCCUCCGGCCUGGAGACAGAAGCUUCGUCUGUCAAGGACUUUUAUCAGCCGGACGAGCUCAAGUACCACGGCCACCAGAUGCAACGCGGCGCCACGCAAAUCAACUUCUUUGAAAAGGAUAAGCCCGCCUCGAGCCCGACUGAUCGCAGUGAUCUCAGUACGAAUGUCCUGGACAACGAUUGCUACGGCCACUGGAAGUACCCUUCGAACUGCUCGCCGGAGGAGCACACCUGCGAGUACUACGCCAGCUGGGAGACCGCCGGCAAGGGCGACGAGAUGCGCUGGCACAUCGAGACCUCGAACACCCAGACCUGGACUGGAAUCGGCUUCAGCGACGAUCAGAGAAUGUCCCAGACGGACUCGAUCAUUGGCUGGGUGGACUCACGCAGUGGCCGACCCUUCCUCAUGGACACCUGGGUGCUGGGCUAUGCUCCACCGAAACUGGACGAUCGCCAGGACAUCUACAACGCUUCCGGACGCAUCGAGAAGGGUGUAACAAUACUGGAGUUCAAUCGCAAGCGCGUCAGCAACGACGAGCAGGACCUUUCCUUCACGGACGACCAUUGCCUGUAUCUGUUCUUCCCAGUUUUGGGCGGAGCCUUCAAUGUGGUGAACAAGAAAAUAAGGAAACACGAACAGGUGCCACCAAUCUCUUCCCGUCGUGUUUGCAUAAAGUCCUGUGGCAAAGAACUGGAGGCCGUUUUCGUGGGCACCAGCACUCCGGCGCCCAGUCGCUUGGUCUACGCCGUGGGUGUCAAGCUAAUGAACCUGGGCGAGUCGUACGAGGCACCCAAGCCCGGAACCGUGGAGUUCAAUAACUUGGCAGCCACAAUUUCGGACUCCUUCAACGGCAUCCUCAGCUCGCUGAGUGGAUACUACAAAACUGAGAUCCUGGGAUUCGAGAAAGAGGGAAGCACCUUGAAGGCCAAGGUUCAGGCCAUGUUUGACAAGUCGGAUGUGGAAAAGUUGCACGAUCUGGACAAUAACACAGUGGACAAGAACGGAGAAGGGGCUGCCCAAAAGAAUGCCGAUGCGAUCCGCUCGGCACUGAAGGAUCAGAUCGCCACUGGUCGCGUGGGAUCGCUAACAGUGGAUCCUCAGUAUCUGGACUUUGAAGCCUUGGAAUACAAGAGCGCCUCGGAGCCCAGUGCCAAGGAGACGCUGCUCUCAUUCUUCGAUCUGUCCGAGACACGACUGUACAUUGUUCUGGGCCUGAUUGCCGCCCUAGUGCUCAUCGCCCUCAUCCAGGCUUUCUGCACCAUUUGGAAGACGUCCCGCAAAAGCAAAAGCACCAAGGAGAAGCUCAUCCAGAACUCACCGUGGAAGGAGUUUGCCUCAAACACCAACUACGCCUUCGAUCCGUACGGGGAGACGGAGGAAAAGCAGAUGAACGCCAACACAGCUAACAAGGAGAAGUCACGCCACCGACACCAGUCCACCACCAGCAGCCAGCAGACCACGUUGCCAAUGUCCCACUCGCCCACCAGCAAGUCCCAGAUGUACUACGAGAGUCCCAACGGCCAGGGUAAGAGCAGUGGCAGCCGCUCCAACGGACGAUCCACCCAGGAGAGCAGCGCCGUAGGGACCGGAGCUCCCUACUCCCGCAGCUCAUACGCGGAGCGGGCCUACUCGUUGCCCCGACAGGCGCACCACUAUCAGCAGAGUCCAGCUAGCAUGCAGCCCUCCGGCUAUUAUACCCACGAUCGCCGGGCGACCCGCCAAGGAAGUAGGGACCGGGAGCGAGAGCGGGAGCGUGAGCGAGAGGAGGAGCGUCGCCAUCGUCAAGACAGGGAUCGGGACUCUGGGUACGAUCGGUCGCGGGAUGAUCCCCGCCAAAACGGGGGAUCUGACACCCCCGACUUCUACUUCAUGCCCUCGCAACGCAAGUAUUCCGGCGAGGUGGUGCGCGUCUACGUGGACUACAACAAGGACCCGAAGCACUAAGCCCAAGGAGCCGCCUUCGAUAAUUUAAAGUCUCGUUUUAAGAUCUAAUCCGUCCCUUUUGUGUGGCAUUCCAAACAACACUCCAGCGCCGUACUGGAUAAAUACUAAAGAACCUACCUAGCUAAACAGCUUUGAACAAUUCGAAUGAAAAUGUCAAAAAUGUCUUGUCGGAGCUCUCCCCGUCCCUCGUUUUGAUUUUGCCAUAAAGCAGUUUGUGCUGCAGCGCUCCGGAUGCGCAAGCUUUACCACAAAAAACGCACAACGCAUGAUUCCGCAACUUAGAGAAUUGUAAAUAUUUUAUAGACACUACAGCUCUUACGAUUAUGUAAAUCAAAUCAAACAUGCUACACAAAUACACAAAAAAUGAUCAAGCUAUCAUUACAAUUAGGAACUAAGUACAUUCAGAAUGUUUUCGCAUUAUAUUAUUACCCGUAAAUGUGCAAAGAAACAUAGUCACUGUAUUUAAUCAAAUUAAAUAUAUGCAUUAAGUAAAUACAAAA